ACUGUUUUGCUUUUUGAAUAAUCCUUUUGAGACUAGUUUUGGCGGUCCAUGAGCUUCCUGGCUCGUUUGGACCAAUCUACGAGCAUGAACUUGUAACAUCAAUCAAUCAAUCAGAAAGUCAGUAUAACGUUUGCGAGUAAAAGCUGCACAUCAAACCACCAAUCGUGUUCUGCUUGCAGAGGAGUGUAAGCCUGUGAGUUUGAAUUACGUCUGCAUAAGCUUUCACCAGAUUUAUAUGACUGUAGCGCCAAGUCGAGCAAAAGCAUGGUAUUCAAUUGCUAGACAACUGCACAGACGUGUGCUGACUCUGGUUGUAACACCAUCAUGAAGACGUUUCCAUAGCGUUGUUGACCCAACAACAAAUAAAACAAACCUAGUAUGGCUGGCGAUGAUAUAGCAAGCUUCCGUCCACUACGUCCACCCCCGCUGCCUCCCCCGCUCCCGCCACCUGCCACGCCCUUGGCGGAUGCCACCCGCCGCGCACUCAUCACCGGCGGCGGCGGCUUCCUGGGGUUCCGCCUGGCGGUGACGCUGGCGCGUGACGGUGUCGAGGUCACCAUUCUUGACCUGGCGCCGCCGCGGCAGCCGCUUCCGCCGCGCGUGCGCUUCAUAGCUGGCUCCGUCGCGGAUGCAGCCGCCGUGGAUGCAGCUUUCGUGGUCGCCGCGUCGCCCUUCCCCGCCGCCCCGGGUGAUGCGCAAACGCACACGCACACGAACUUGUAUGGCUUGGAUGCGGUGUUCCACGUGGCCUCGUACGGCAUGUCGGGCCGCGAGCUGCGCGACCAGGCCGCGCUCAUCGAGGCGGUCAAUGUGGGCGGCUCGGGCCACGUGGCGGCGGCGUGUGUGCGCCACGCCGUGCCGCGCCUGGUGUAUGUGUCCACCUGCAACGUCAUAUUUGUGGGCAGGCCCAUCAGCGGUGGCGACGAGUCGGCGCCCUACCCGCCCGCUGCCGCCUACAAGGACGCAUACAGUGCUACCAAGGCGCGGGCGGAGCGCGUUGUGCUCUCCGCCAGCGGCACCCCGCUCCUACCGGAGCCCAUCAGGCAGCAUACACAUGAGGAGGAGGAAGAGAAGGAACAGAAACAGGAGGGGCAGCAGGAGUCGCGGCGGCACGGCGCCCGGGCCGUGCUGCGCACGUGCGCGGUGCGUUCCACAGGCAUCUGGGGCCCGGGCGAGACGCGGCACCAGCCGCGUGUGAUCCGCAUGGUGCAGCAGGGCGUGUUCGUGGCGGCGUUUGGCGACCCCAACACCCUGAGCGACUGGUGCCAUGUAGACAAUCUAGUCCAAAUCCUCAUGCUGGCGGAGCGCGGCCUGCGGACGCCGUACACACCUGCCGCAGCCGGAACUACAGCGGCGGCGGUGAAGGAUCCCGGGGCGGCUGGCGGCGAUGGUGUGAAGACGGUGGCUGCAGAGCUGGAGCUCGAAAAUGGGCAAGCCGCGGACGACGGUCUGGCAUGUGACGCUAGCGGCACAGGCGGCCAUGGCGGUGGUGGCGCGCGGGACAUGGUGGCGGAGGGGCAAGUGUACUAUGCUUCAGACGGCGCCCCCAUCAACAACUUCCUACACUUCAAGCCCUUCAUUGUGGGUCUGGGCUACCACUACCCCUCCGUAUCCGUGCCGUACGGGCUAGUGUACGGCAUAGCGGGCGCCAUUGAGGUGGCCUGGCCGCUGCUGAGGGCGUUCGUCCGGGACCCGCCGCUGACACGCAUGGAGGUUGACAAGUGCUGCAUCGAGCACUGGUUCCGGAUCGACAAGGCGCGCCGGGAGCUCGGCUUUGCUCCGGCAGAAUAUGACCGGCAGGAGGUGGUGGCGCACAUGGCGGUGGAGGGCUGGGCGGCGCCGGGCUCCGAGCUGGCGAAGCGACACGCAGCUGCGGCGGGUGGUGCCGGCGACGACCGUGGCGCCGGGGCCCCUGCGGCGGUGUCGGUGCGGUGGCUUGUGGCGGGCUCAGUGGUCGCGGCGGCCGCGGCGGUGGGUGUGGGCUACAUGUGGAGGGGGUAGCGCAGUUGCUGGCGCGUGUCGGGUGGUGCAGGGGUGACUGAGGCUGCUGGCACUGCAAUGCCGUGGCGGGAGUUGGGCAAGAAGUGCGGGGUACAGCGGGUGCGCGAUGCGCUAACUGAACCUCGUGGUGAACGCUUUGUUGUGGCGCGGGUCGCCAUGUCAGCUGGCUUCACGGACGUUGCAGCAGUAUGGCGAGUUGGCGGUCGAGACGGUAUUGACCCCGUCGUGGUCUUUGGCAUGGUCUACAACAGGCAGGAGCGACGCCGCGGCCUCGUGCCUCGUGCCUUGUGCCUUUUGGUGGGAGUAUGGCAGCCUUGUAUCCCAGCCGCAUGCAUGCGGCCCGUUGUCUCGAUGUAACAUAAAGUUUUG